AUGCAACGCACACAGCUUAUUCGCAAAUUUUUCUCUCGGGUUGGCGCGUUUGGUGUCCUCUCUACGAGAUACCAGGCUUUUACUGCGGCAAAUAAACCUUAUCUAUCGGGUGUUUCCAUUCCCUUGGCUAUUUCAGCGCGAUUUCACACUGAGGGUCACGGUGGUGGUGACGAGGCAACCCGAACAGGCCAGUAUUUGCUCAACAGGGAUGAUGUUUUGACCCGUGUAUUGGAGGUAGUGAAAAACUUUGAAAAGGUUGAUGCAUCGAAGGUUACUCCAGAGUCCCAUUUUGUUAAUGAUCUCGGACUCAACUCUUUGGAUGUUGUUGAAGUGGUUUUUGCUAUCGAGCAGGAAUUUAUUCUAGAUAUUCCUGACCAUGAUGCUGAGAAGAUUCAAUCCGUUUCUGAUGCAGUUGAGUAUAUUUCCCAAAAUCCAAUGGCGAAGUAG